AUGAACAGCAUGGCUGCCGCCACCUACGAAGAUUUCCUGAAGAACAGCUUGGAAGGAUCAAUUUCGGACGCCACUGCCACAACAGUCAAUAAAAUUUUUGUACUUGCAUUUGGUUUGUUAUCAACAGCGCUGGCAUUCGCUGCUGAACCGCUGGGUGGCAUUUUGCGGGGCCUGAAAAUUUACAGGUUGUCAACGUACGCUUAUUCGGGUGUUGGAAUGGUGCUCAUGCUUUCUAUUGCUGUUCCUCUCGUUUAUUUCUGGAAUGAGGCGAAUCCGUUGCAUAUCGCUCAUCUCACUUAUUACGGCAGAAAGUAA